UACACACGCAUGACUUACUGCGCUGGCAGUGGAGUCUGAUUGGGUGCCUGAUGCUAGCCUGGCCAGCCUGAAGAUUGAGCCCUUCAGAGUUGGUCCCCACCCCACCCCUUACCCCUGAUGCAGGGACUAGAGCCAAGCAGGGCAGGAGGGGUGAGUGAAGUCUGCUGCUCAGUGCAUAAGAACGUGUUGACCGUCCCAGAGCACACAGUAGGCACCGAAGUUGAAGCCCCCAUGGGAGACCAGGCAGACUGGAUGUCGCAGCUGUGCCCGCAGCUGUGGGAUGUCCCCCUGCACCACCUGUCCAUCCCAGGGAGCCACGACACGAUGACAUACUGCCUGAACCGUAAGUCUCCGAUCUCCCGUGCAAGUUCGCGGCUACUGCACCUGUUGGGCCGGGUCGUGCCAUUCAUCACCGGGCCCGUGGUGAUGAAAUGGUCGGUCACGCAGACCCUGGACGUGACACAGCAGCUGGAUGCUGGCGUGCGGUACCUGGACCUGCGGAUCGCGCAUGCACCAGAGGGCUCUGCACGGAACCUGUGCUUUGUGCACAUGAUGUACACAAAGGCGCUGGUGGAGGACACCCUCACUGAGAUAGCUGAGUGGCUGCAAUUGCACCCCCGCGAAGUGGUCAUCUUGGCCUGCAGGAACUUCGAGGGGAUGACCUGUGAGUUGCACGACUAUCUCGUGGGCUGCAUCAUGAACAUUUUUGGAGAAAUGCUGUGUCCCAGUGGGGAAGUCCCCACACUGAGGCAGCUGUGGGCAUGCGGGCAGCAAGUCAUCGUGUCCUAUGAGGACGAGGCCACAGUCAGCCGCUAUGAUCAGCUGUGGCCUGCGAUCCCAUACUGGUGGGGGAAUGCAGUAAAGACAGAUGUGCUGCUGCGGUUCCUGGAGACCAUGAAGGGCCAAGGCCGCCCAGAUGGUCUGUUCGUUGCUGGCAUCAACAUCACUGAGAACCUGUGUUACAUCCUCUUGCACCCAGUGGACUCCCUGCAGGAGAUGACACGCCGCAGCCUCCCCCUCAUGGCUGAGUGGGUACGUGCACAACAGCCGGGGCAGAGCCCUCACUGCACCAACAUCAUCGCAGGCGACUUCGUGGAUGCAGAUGGCUUCGUGAGUGAGGUUAUCGGUCUGAAUCGCAAACUGCUGUCUCCCUAACUGCCACACACCCAAGACGGGUAUCACCACUUCUGAGCACUUCACGCAGCCCAGAGACCUGCAGACCCAGCAGACCAGGGACCCAGAAUGUUCUGCUCUCAUGCUGCUGUGUUGCAGAACACACGGUGGCCACGUAUGUGUCACUUCUGUUCCCAUCACCAGGUGCUCAGGCCUCCAUUGAUUAACGGAUUUUGAAGUAAUGCA